AUGCCCAAGGAAAAGAACUACAACCCCGUGGCCGCCCAGCGCAAAGCUGACAAGGCCAAGGCGAUCAAAAAAGCCGUUUUCUUGGCAGGAAAAUCCGAAGCCCAAGAGCGACGAAACGAGCGACUCGCGCGCAAGAACCCGGACCAGGUGCAGCGACAGAUCGACGACCUCAAGAAGAUCACGGACGGCGGCGGCAAGCUCAGCCGGCACGAGGAGCAGGUGCUGGAGGGGCUGGAGAAGGAGCUGAAGGCGGUGCGCAAGGCCCGCGAAGCGCUGGGAGACAAGGCGCCGACGUUUGGCCGGGGACGGUCCGGCGGCGGCGGCAGCGACGGCGUGCUGGGGAAGCGGCGGCGCGGUUCCCCCGGCGGCGGCGGCGGCGACGGCGCGAGCAGCGACGAGGAGGACGUGCCGGAGGAGGUGCGCCGCAUACCGAUGCCGAGGGACACGCCCCCGCCGAUACCGAAGGAGGUGCUGGACGCGUGGUACGCGAAGCGACGCGCGCAGCGGGCGGCGGCGCGACCAGGAGCGGAUGCGGACAAGGCGGCGGCCGAGAAGGUGGAGGAGAAGCAGCCCGCACCUACGGUGUACUCGGCGGCGCCGGUGACGCGCGACCUGCAGAAGGAGGCGGUGGCGUUCGUGCCGUCGGCGGUGCGGUCGAAGCUGGCGAAAGGCGGCGGGGGGCAUGGAGGCGGCUUGCUGGAGCCGGAGGAGGCGGACGCGCUGGAGAAGCAGGGCUACAUGGCGACGGGAGCGUCAUCAUCGCGGAAGGCUACUGUGGAAGAUGCGGAAGAGGAAGAGGAGGAAUGA